UACGAUCUAGUGUGAUAUUAUAGUAUAAGUGCGCUAUAAGAUAAACGAUAUAUCACUACAAUGCAACGGCGAUUAUUCUUAUCAGAUAAAUUUCAUUUCUAAACUGAGCCGAUCGGAAUCAGGUAUUGACUGUUUCAAAAUGACGAAAAUUAUUUUAAGUUUAUUUUUAAUUAUAUGUGCUGUGUCUAUAAUAUUCGCUUUAGAUGAUAAAUCAUACUGUUUUUCGUUUACAUGGCAAAAUCAGGUUGCAUUACUAAAUAAUAGUAUAUCUAAUGAUACAAAAUGUAAUCAUACGAUCUAUAAAGAUGUUCCCUGUAUAGACCCUUUAAUCAUUUCAGAUGAUGCACCAAAUACAACUAACAUCUGGAAAGAACAAGACAAAUCUAAGCUUUGUGCUUUAGUGCCUGGAAAUGUUUGUAUAAAAUAUACUUAUGUAUAUAAUAAUGCCAUUAAAAAUACAUCCUUAUUUUGUGGAAAAGUAGUAGAAGAUCAAGUGACACCUCUUACAUCAGGAUGCUACGAACAAAAGGUGGCUGGUUAUACAAUUGAGACUUGUGCCUGCAAACCGAGGAAAAAUAGUGAGCCUUGUAAUGGAUCGAUAAGAAUAAAUUACUCUAUUAUCAUAACAAUUAUAAGCUUAGUAUUUGUAUUCAUGAAAUCAAGUUAUUAACAUGGUUAAAAAUGAUCUAUAUGUAAUA